AUGGGGGCCCUUUUGUUCAUGGACAAGUCUGUGGACCGGGUCUCACUGGUGCCUCUGCAGUUGCUCAACCCAAUCAGCAAUGCGAGACAGUAUAGCUGGGGUAGUGCAGCAUUGGCCUGGCUGUAUAGGCAACUUUGUGGUGCAUUGAAGAAGGAUGCGAUGCAGAUUGGAGGAGCACUCUUGUUGGUGCAGCUAUGGGCCUAUUCAAGGUGGAGCGGGCCAAAAUGCACCGCAGAGCAUGCCACACACGUCCUUGCUGCGUACCGGGCGUCACUGGCUACAUUACGGGCCAAGCAGAUUGUAUGGGAACCGUACACGCAUACGCUGGGCUCCCUACUUGCGUAUUGCACUGCUGGGCAGCAUAUUUGGAGGGCCGAGGUGCCAUUGAUAUACUUUUGGAUAGUGGAGUGGCAUCAUCCUAAGCGGGUCCUUCGUCAGUUUGGGAUGAAGCAACCAGUUCGACGUGUCGUGGAUACGUCGACUACCCUUCACAAGAUAUCCCUCCAGGGUAAAUGGGAGAAGAACCAUGUGCCCUUUAUUCAGCAAUGGGCCAAUCGAGAGAAUGUAGUUCGCAGGUCCUCUCUCCUAGACGGUGAUGAUACGUACCUCGUUGAGUACAUGAUGUGGUACAAUCGCAACACAAGGUGGUACAUAACACCAGAGUCUGCGUACUGGGAACUCAUGGUUCGGACGAUGAUUAGGUCUAUACAGAGGUGUGAUGAAGGUUCUGACAUGCACACUGACCUUAAAUUUACACUAGAGCUUGUGGAGGAGCUAGGCCGACUUAAAUUGGUGAAUGCGCUUGCAGAAGCAGUUGGCAUUGCUACAUAG